AUGGAAUCCUAUGGCAACGACACUGUUUAUGAUAUCUUUACUUUAAUGGUGAAUUCAACGGAUAACAGAGACACUAGUGUUAAGGCAGAUAAAAUCAUAUUAUCCAUACUCUGGGCCAUCGCGUGUGUGGUUGGCCUUAUUGGUAACUCCCUGGUUAUCUACGUAAUACUUCGAUUUUCAAAAAUGAAAACUGUGACUAAUACAUAUAUUUUAAACUUGGCCAUAGCCGACGAGCUGUACUUGCUGGGAAUUCCGUUCAGCAUCUCUCACUUUGUGAUGGAAACAUGGCCGUACGGGACGGCAUGGUGUAAAAUAUUGUUGACAAAUGAUAUAAUUAACCAGUUUGCAAGUAUAUAUUUUCUAACAGUCAUGAGCAUAGACCGGUAUAUUGCUGUCGUACACCCAGUGAAGUCUGUGAAUAUACGUACCCCACGAAUUGCUAACGCGGUCAGUGGAUGUGUGUGGGCUUUGGUCUUGAUACUCGUCUCAUGGUUUACAGCAGCCGUUCGAUCUGAUUACGAUGAGAGAAUGGGAAGCUAUGGCUGUGGCCCGAAUUGGAUUUUUCUAUUCGGCAACUCCACUCUUGAUCAGGAGGACUGGGGGUUGGUGUUUUCUUAUUUCACGUUCAUGAUGGGAUAUAUCAUCCCACUGCUGAUUAUAUGCACCGCCUACAUUUUAAUGUUGAAUCGCCUGCGGCAAGUCGGAGCGCCUGGUUCGAAAGGGAAAAAGACACGCAAGGUAACCAAAUUGGUCACUGUUGUGGUAGGUGUGUUUUUUAUUUGUUGGUCACCUUAUUACAUCCUCAAUGUGGCAAUGCACUAUGCUGUUAUGCAUUCGAAGGCUGCGUUUUACAAAUGGAGAAUCGCGUACUACUUUGCCCAGUCGUUGGGCUAUGCCAACAGUAGCGCCAAUCCUAUUCUCUACGCUUUUCUAAGUGACAAUUUUAAAAAGAGCUUCCAGAAGGCGUUUGCAUGCGCUACAGACCUCCAAAUUGAAAUGAGCGUCAGCCAUUUUCGGAAACCUUCAAAUAAAAGGAAACAUCUCCGCAGUCAGGAGACGGAUGUGACAAACUCGAUGAAUAUGAAAAAUUGUCAGACUCAUGCUAUAAUGUUGAGUGACUCCCCCACCAAUGGAAAACUAGGAAAAAGCGACGGAGACCCAGAGCCUGUUCAAUUAUAG